AUGACCCUCCAAACCCCGCCAAGACACUCCAAAACUCCGCCAAGACCCACCAAACCCUGCCAAGACCCACGAAACCCCACCAAGACCCCUCCAAACCCCGCCAAGACCCUCCAAACCCCGCCAAGACCCUCCAAACCCCGCCAAGACACUCCAAAACCCCGCCAAGACCCACCAAACCCUGCCAAGACCCACCAAACCCCGCCAAGACCCUCCAAACCCCUCACCAAGACCCUCCAAACCCCCGCCAAGACCCCUCCAAACCCCGCUAAGACCCUCCAAACCCCGCCAAGACCCUCCAAACCCCGCCAAGACACUCCAAAACCCCGCCAAGACCCACCAAACCCUGCCAAGACCCUCCAAACCCCUCACCAAGACCCUCCAAACCCCCGCCAAUACCCUCCAAACCCCGCCAAACCCCGUCAAAACACUCCAAAACUCUCCGCCAAGACCCUUCAAACUCCCUCCAAGACCCACCAAACCCCGCUAAGACCCUCCAAAACCCCGCCAAGACCCUACAAACCCCGCCAAGACCCUCCAAACCUCCCUAAGACCCUACAACCCCCCCCCCCGCCAAGGUGCGAGGAGCCCUCCCAGCAU